CAAGCAGCAUCAUGCCCGAUCCAGCCAAGACCGCGCCCAAGAAGGGAUCAAAGAAAGCCGUGACCAAGACGGCCGGCAAAGGGGGCAAGAAGCGCAGAAAGUCCAGGAAGGAGAGCUACGCCAUCUACGUGUACAAGGUCCUGAAGCAAGUGCACCCUGAUACCGGCAUCUCAUCCAAGGCCAUGGGCAUCAUGAACUCCUUCGUGAAUGAUAUUUUUGAGCGCAUCGCCGGUGAGUCUUCUCGUCUGGCUCAUUACAACAAGCGUUCCACUAUCACCUCCAGGGAGAUCCAGACCGCCGUGCGCCUGUUGCUUCCCGGCGAGCUGGCCAAGCACGCCGUGUCCGAGGGCACAAAGGCCGUCACCAAGUACACCAGCUCCAAGUGAAGCGCGUUACCGCCGUCUUCAUCAACCCAACGGCUCUUUUAAGAGCCACCCACUUUUCAUACAAAGAGCAAUCUAUUUUCUUUCGCUUUCUCUCUUGCUCUGUGUGUGUGUGUGUGAGUGAGAGAGAGGGGGGGCACUUCUGAAGUGCUGCUCUCCCACGAAUGUUCAGGCUUUUGGGUAAUUCUAGCAGUCUGAUAAAUGCAGAGAUGAGUAAAUCUCAACAGGGUUGUAGCACGGUUUCUCGGGCUUGUAUAAUCUGAGCAAUGCAAAAUGGGGUUUUAGCAGCACAAAGUUAUUCAUAUUAAGACUAGCAACAGGAAGUAACUGAAAAUGGUAUUCUAGUAACACAUAGAAAUUCAAACUAAGGUUCUAGAAGCACGUAAAAGUUCUAAAUACUGUUGUAGUAACAUGUAGUCAUUCAAAACAGUGUUCCAGCAGCACGAAGUCAUUCAAAAGAAUGCUCUAGCAGCAUGGAAUACAACACACACACACACACACACACACACACACACACACACACACAAGGCAAUAGCGGAGUUGGGAUAAAGGGUCAGGGAG